GGCACUCCUAUAAAUACGAGACCAGGGCACCUGGACACUACUACAGCUGAUGCUCAUCCAGCAGUCACGAUGAAGGCACUGCUCAGCAUCGUCCUCGGUCUUCUCUUCCAGGAGCUCGCUUGCGCCAUUUAUCUGGCCCCUGGCGCCUACACUAACAGCUCCCGGGAUGCGGAGGGCCAGUGCGUGUGUAACGUCUAUCUGCCGGACCCCGUCUUCCCGGCCGACAUGGUGGAGCAGCUGCAGCUCAGCACCCAGACGAUUGCCACGGCUGUCACGGUGGAGUCAAAGAAGGUGGCAGAGAACCACGCUACGCUGGUGCGCUAUACUGGGCUGCUGCAGAACCUGACGGUGCGCGUGGAGCGAAUGGAGCAGGGCCAUGACCGUUACACAGAGCUGGACUUUGAGCUGCUGCGGGUGGAGAUCAGGGAGAUGGAGCAGCUGGUGCAGCAGCUGAAGCUGGAGGUCUCCAGCGCCACACUCGAUCGUCUCCACCUCUCGAUCCAGAACAUCAGCGUGGUGGUGAACACGCUGGACAGCUACGACAGGAACAACGUGCUGCUCAUCCGGCACCAGGUGGACACUCUGCGCAAGCAGCUGCAGGACUGCCAAAAUGCGGCCUCCAAUGCUGGCCAGGCCCCCAGCAACAAUGCUGACCAGCCCGCCGGCAACAAUGCUUACCAGCCCCCAAUUGGCUCAUGUGCGCACGGUGGCUUGCAGAACGUCAGCGCACCAUAUAUUCACAUUCUGAACAUGCAAGGUGUAGGGUACCUAUAUGGCGCGUUUGGGAAAGACCCACUCCCACUGAAGGGACGUGAGGAUGUGUACUGGGUGAUAACCAGCUAUCAGAUUUACUUUACUGUGAUUCAGAUGUUUGCCAACCACCGGGCACUGCAGACCUCUAUGCUGUUGGAACAAAAGACCCUUUCUUGUGGCAUAGAUUGUGGUUAUGGAAUGGAUGCAGUGAUGUACAAAAAUCACAUGUUUUACAGAUGCUCUACUGGUGUCUCUAUUUGCAAAUAUAACAUGACAGCCUCCACUAUUACCAGAGCAAAUCUCCCCCAAGCGUCAGGAACUAAUUCGUAUCCUUACCUGGGCUCUACAUAUUCUGAUAUGGAUUUUUCUGUGGAUGAACAAGGUCUGUGGGUCAUUUACUCUGCCGAUGGGAAGGUGUCCCUUGCUUUACUUAAUGAUACUUCCCUUGCUGUUAUCAACAGCUGGACUACCACGCAGUACAAACCCUCAGUCAGCAAUGGCUUCAUGGUGUGUGGAGUCCUGUACCUCACACGCACCUAUAGCCUUAAAACUGAAGAGAUCUACUUUGCUUUUGACAGCAAAACUAACCAGGAGAGGUAUUUGAGCAUCAUGAUGGACAAGCCCAUGGAAAAGAUGAGCAGCCUCAGCUAUAACGCAGUUGACCGCAAUCUGUACAUGUAUGAUCAGGGAUAUAUGGUCACCUAUAAUGUGAUAUUAAAGGGCUUGUGAUUUUUAUAUUUUAUGCAUAUUGUAAUCACUCACACAAUGCUUUGUCAUCCAAAUCUUCUACAAAUCUGUAAGGGCUGGAAUUUGUUAUCUGCUUUUUUCAAGUGAUAAGUAUCACAAUUAACACACCUCCCGUGCACAGUCAGAAUGAACACCCUGGCCAGUACGGUUGGUGAAAUCAGGACCAAGGCGUUUUCAGAUACCAAUCACCGCUGAUUGUUAGCCAUUGCCGGAAGCGAACUCCGGAUGCUGGUAUCAUAGCGCAUGGCGUGAACCACCACAUACCGCUGCACCUCCGGUUCUAAUAAAAUGACUCAAAAAUAACAUAUGGUCACAUGUCGCAUCUGCACAGAGUUUCUGAUUUAAGCAUUGUACAUUUUUUUACAAUUGAAGACUAAAAAACAUGAAUUUGAUUUUUAAUAGAAUGUUGAUUAGAAAACGUAAUAGUUGAUGCACACGCAUUCCAGUCCCGAAACAGAUGCUGGAUAUAAGCACACCCUAACCCUGGUGGGCUUAUAACCAAAGUAUUCCUUCUGCCCAACAAAACUAAUGUAAAAAUGUGUUUCUUGUAUCAGAACUUUGCUUUUAUAAGCUUCGACUACACCUUGAAGUUAGCAGGAGUCAAGUCAUGCUGAACCUCCGCUUAUGACCAAGAACCAGUGGUGGAAAUAUGACAAUCCAGUGAUUGGAUCUAAAGUCUCCUGCAUAUCAAACACGUACAAUAUAGCUAUUGUACCACAACAUUGGUUUGCAUAAGCUUACAUUCCCUGAAAACGCAGUUAUUGAUGACAGUGCUUUGUGUACCAAAAAUUACAUUCCAAGCUCCAAGUAAAACUCUCGCUGUCAGAGAGCAGCCCUAGAUUGCAUGGCACUACUUCACCUCAAUAAGCCUCUUAUACCCACGAAUCGAAAACCAUUGAUUUGCCCGCAAAGGUCAAUUCAGCUUUCUUACAGAGCUGGUAUAGUCCAAAUUUAAUCUCAUGAAGUUUCAUUGCGCAGUUAUUGGAGGCCAGGCUAAGACCAUUAACACGCUACACUCAACCGGCUUAAAUCGUGGGAGGCUGCUUGGAUUUUGAACCCAGAAUCUCAGCAUGACUGCUGGCUCGGUGCUCUGGCAUUGUUCUCACCUCCUGGAGCCACCCGGCCACCUCAAUAACGAGCUAAAUUAAUUUUAUUCGCACAGGUUAAGUACUGAACACGUGGUCAAAACAACCUAUUUUAGAUGCAAAUGGACAUGUCCAAAGUUAUAGCCAGUUUGCCUGGUUGUCCUUUAUUGGACCAAGCUUAAAGGAUAAAUAAACUUAAUUUAAUUAUAUCGUCAAUUUUCCUAAAUGACAUUGGACAGGACUUCUUAAACAUAAAUUCCACGUGGUUACCUUUUCGUUAAUGUAAACAAUAUAUGGUUAUUUCUGACCACGUGAGUUCACGCCUUGUCAAACCUAAUGUGUGAGUGUAAAUGUAGCUGAGGUGGUAAAUUUUCCACCGAUGGCCCUCAGACUAAGCUAGUUGCACUGAGAAACUCAUUCAUCAGCACAUGCUAUCAUUCUUAAACAGGCCAUUUUACAUAACAGAUCUGCCAUUUGGCGUUUAUACUACAAUAUAAUUGUUUGCAUAUUCCAGUACUGAUUUGCUUAUUAUUUCAUGAAUUAUACACACUUUUACGUGGAAUGGGAAUUUUCCGGGUGUCAUAAUUUUGCAUAUCAUACUUGGUAUUUUUGUGGUUUUGAAAUAAAGGAAUUUAUUGGACUUCA